AUGCAGACACCGACUGGUCAGGCGGUAAAAGCUAACAAGAACGUGAGUACUGGUCAGAGGAAAUCCUUUGUUGCUUCCAACGGCUCAAAAGGUGUUUGUGUGUUUUGUGGAUCUGCCGAGCAUGCAAUUUAUAGCUGUCAACGCUUCGCAAAUUUGUCUCCGAAUUUACGCCUGAGGGAAGUUAAGAAGCUUUCCCUUUGUCUUAACUGCCUAAAGACUGGGCAUCAAAUUCGUGACUGCAAAUCCGGAUCGUGCCGCGCCUGUCAGUCGAAACACCACACGCUCUUGCAUUUCGAACGCUCAACUGCAUCGUUAAUCAAUAGUCAAGCCGAAGCUUCGUCGGCAGCUACAGUUCAAUCCAACGCUAUGACUGCAUCGUUAUCUGUGUCGCCUAGUGCCCCAGUAUCUCCUUCUGAUGCUGUGUUCCUAGCUACUGCCGUCGUUCUGGUAAAAAAUCGUGCUGGAAGCUUCGUGCCUUGCAGGGCGCUUUUAGAUUCUGGCUCCCAGUUACACUUUGUCACAACUCGCCUUGCAAACCAAUUGCAGCUUGUAAAAGCAAAAUCUUCUGCUACAGUAUCUGGCAUUGGAGAUGCCAAUUUCUCAACGGAGGGUUACUCAGUCGACCUCGUACUGAAGUCGCGGACUUCAGAUUUCUCAACAAACAUAACAGCUGUUGUUGUACAAACCAUAACCGACAACCAGCCUGGCUGCUCCGUGAGCACCAACGAGUGGAAUGUUCCGUCGAAUAUACAACUAGCUGAUCCUGGGUUCAACUUACCGCAGCGAAUUGAUCUGCUCAUUGGAGCAGCAUUGUUCUUCGAUCUGCUAUGUGUGGGGCAGAUACGCUUGGCAUACGGUUUACCACUCCUUCAGAAAACACGCCUCGGUUGGGUGCUAUCUGGAGGGGGGCAACAAGCUCCAAAACUAUCAUCUUUUGUGGUGCGACGGAAGUCCUCCAGUGAUAUUAUUUCCACUCGGUUGGAAGAUUUAGUGCGUCAGUUCUGGGAAAUAGAGCACAACUUCGAGCCGAUCUCUAAGGCCUCCCAAGAAGAUAUCGACUGCGAAGCCCACUUCCGGGAAAAUUAUUUGCGAUUGUCAUCAGGCGAAUACUCAGUUCGUCUUCCCAUGAAGCGUGGUGUGGAGGCCCUUGGAGACUCCUAUUUGCAAGCUCGUCAACGCUUCGAAAGUCUUGAACGAAAAUUCGCUCGUAACCCUGAGCUUAAAACAGAAUAUAGUAAGUUCAUAAAGGAAUAUCUGGACCUUAAUCACAUGUCGCUAGUUACCAAUGAGGUUUUUCAACAAUGCAAGUAUUUUCUGCCGCAUCAUUGCGUCAUCAAGGAUGACAGUAGCACAACAAAGCUGAGAGUGGUUUUUGAUGGCUCUGCAUCCACUACUUCGGGCUUUUCGCUGAACGACCUACUCAUGGCAGGCCCAACUAUUCAGCCGAAACUUUUUGAUAUCCUUAUUAGAUUUCGUACUUUUCCCAUAGCACUUACUGGGGACAUCUGUAAGAUGUAUAGGUGUGUUCGCGUCACCCCACCAGAUAGCAUGCUCCAAUGCAUAUUGUGGCGUGAAUCUCCUCAGGAAAACUUUGCCAUCUAUAAGUUAGACACGCUGACCUAUGGAACUAAGCCUGCGUCAUUUCUGGCCAUACGUGCCAUGCACCAACUCGCAGCUGACGAAUCCUCGACUUACCCCAUUGGUGCAGAAAUAGUGCGUCGAGACUUCUACGUAGAUGACUUGAUAUCUGGAGGCGAGUCGAUGGAAGAAGUACUGAAUAUCAAGCUACAAACAACUAGCCUCCUUGCUCGAGGAAACUUUAAGUUACGCAAGUGGUGCUCUAAUAGUCCAGAUAUCCUUCGUGAUAUACCUGACGUAGACAAGGAACGUUUCCUUAAGUUUGACGAUGGCAGUGACAUCACCAAAGCUCUGGGACUAGUUUGGGAUCCGGUCAAGGACAAGCUGCUAUUUUCGUUUGUGCCACAACGAGAACUGGGUAAAAACUCAAAACGCUCUGCGUUGUCUACUCUAGCUCGCUGUUACGAUCCCCUUGGACUAAUGGGCCCUACGCUGACCAAGGCGAAGAUUCUUCUGCAACGCAUGUGGAGAGACAAGCUUGAGUGGGAUGAGAGUCUACCGCAAUCGUUAAACACCGCCUGGUCUGCCUUUUGCAGCGGGUUUGCAGACAUACAGCACCUAUCAUUUCCUCGUUACGUCUUGCAACCUGGGGCCAUUACAGAAAUUCGUGCAUUUUGCGAUGCAAGCCUUGAAGCUUAUGGGGCUUGCGUUUAUACGCGUUCAGCCAAGGAUAGUAAGGUACAAGUGCACCUGUUGUGUUCGAAGGCCCGUGUCGCUCCACUGAAGACUAUCACCGUGCCCAAGCUGGAACUCUGUGCAGCAACACUGCUGGCACAACUCAUGGAUUCCUCCACUGUCCUCUCGUGGCUGCGAGAAGAACCAUCGAAAUUUAACGUAUUUGUCGCUAACCGAAUUUCCACCAUACAUCAAUUAACGGAGGGCAUGCGGUGGCACUAUGUUCCGACAGCAAUGAAUCCGGCGGACAUUUUAUCCAAAGGAGCUACCCCGCAGGAACUUCUAGGAUCUUCACUUUGGAUGCACGGCCCGUCAUUUUUGCGAGAAGUGGAGGGCAGCUGGCCGCGCAUGUGUCUACCACAACCAAAACUUCCAGAACUUCGACAAAAGGUGUUGCUUGCCGCACAUAACCGCAAUGACAUUUCGCUUUCGUUCAAGUACAUUAAUUCAUUUGGAACAAUGCAGCGCAUUUUUGGGUACGUCAGCAAAUUUGUCAAUAUUACAACAUCGCCAAGCUCUUCGCAGCUCACAGCCGCAGAUAUUCACCAUGGAACUCAACUGCUUAUUCGCUUAGUACAAAGAGCGCAACUUUGGCCGGAGUACACGGCAUUACAGGCCAAUAAUUGCGUCCCGAGUUCGAGCAGCAUUGUUUCGCUAUCACCAUUUCUUGAUGACUUUGGAAUUAUUAGAGUCGGCGGGCGAUUAAAAAACUCUAUGCUUAGUUUUGAAUCGCGCCACCCAUGCAUUAUUCCGAAGGAUCAUCCACUGACAUUUAGUAUAAUAACCUUUUUUCAUCGCAAACAACAUCACGCAGGUCCUCAAGCUUUACUCGCCUUCAUUCGAAUGCAGUUUUGGCCCAUAGGUGGUCGGAAAACAGUCACUCGAGUCCUACAAAAAUGCAUUAUUUGCUGCAAAUCGAGACCGCGCCUUGUCGAGCACAUAAUGGCCGACCUGCCUAAAGAGCGAAUUCAGGCCUCGCGCCCAUUCAUAGUCACCGGUGUGGACUACUGCGGGCCAUUUUAUUACAAGCCUGAAGUACGCAAUAAAUCGCCCCACAAAUGUUAUGUAAGCGUUUUCAUUUGCUUCGCCACAAAGGCUGUAUGGAUGGAGUUGGUAAGAGACCUCUCAACAGGUGCUUUCAUUGACGCGCUAAAACGAUUCAUCGCUACGCGUGGCAUACCCAGCUGCAACUGGUCUGACAAUGCGACGAAUUUUGUAGGCGCCAAGAACGAGCUUAAAGAACUACGGAACUUAGCCCUCAGCGAGAAACACCGCAGCGAAGUCCACAACUUUUGCCUCAGUAAUGGCUUUGAUUGGCGUUUCAUCCCACCUCGCUCUCCGCACUUUGGCGGUUUGUGGGAAGCGGCCGUAAAAACAGCCAAACAACAUUUCUAUCGUUCCGUUGGCUCAUCACGGCUUGGCUUCGAUGAAUUGCGUACUUUG